AUGGAAGGUGGAGAAAGUGGUGGUUUAGGGUAUGGGUAUUUACAAAACACCCAUCCUUCCUAUAGACCAAGUCCUCCAUUAAGGGCCAUAGACAGGUUCUUGUGUUCUCAGAACCAUUCCUCACAUCAACCACCUCGGAAUGAUGUGAAGAAUAAAGGGACACUUGUUCCUGAAAAUGGGUUUUUUGAUUUUUCUUCUUCUAGUGGUGCAAUUGGCAGCUAUGCAGGUGGAGUUUCGUGGCCAUGUCUACCCAAGACGAGCUUCGUGGACGGGCUUUUACUUGAUGGAGAAGCUCUCAAUUGGAAUCAUGAGGGAAACCCUAAGGUGGGUUUGAAAGAAGAAGUGAAUUUGGCCCAGAAAAAAUCUGGAGACUUGGGGAAGAGAACCAACAAAGGUGGAUAUUCUACAGGUUUGAUCAUCAAAGGGCAAUGGACAGAGGAAGAAGACAGAGAAUUGGUGAGAUUAGUGAGGCAAUACGGCAUUAGGAAAUGGGCUCAGAUAGCUGAGAAGAUGGUCGGUAGAGCCGGAAAACAGUGCCGUGAGAGAUGGAAUAAUCACUUGCGCCCUGAUAUCAAGAAAGAUAAUUGGAGUGAAGAAGAAGAGAGGUUAUUGAUUGAAGCUCAUGAGCAGAUUGGAAACAGAUGGGCAGAAAUAGCUAAAUAUAUUCCGGGGAGGACUGAAAAUUCGAUCAAGAACCAUUGGAAUGCCACAAAAAGGAGGCAGAAUUCGAGGAGGAGCAAAGGGCAAAAUGCAAGGGGCACUCAAACAUCCAUAUUGCAAAACUACAUCAGAAGUAAGAGUCUUAAUGGUGCCUCAACCAUUAGAACCCCUAGCCAAAGCACCACCACCACACCGACUGACUCCACCGUGUCAGAAGAUUUGUCAAGCCAGUUUGCUCUUUCACUAAGAGAACUAUCUGAAUCCAUAAUGCAGGAUGACACUUCGCCGUUCAUGACUCAAACAUAUGAUGAGGAGUUGAGGUUCAUGCAAAACUUCUUUGGCAACAACAACAUUCCACCAUCCAAAGUUCCCAAUGUUGAUCAUGUUCAAAUUUAUUCGGCCGGCAAUUCUAUUGGAUUCAAUUACACCAAUGGUACUGAUCAAGUGCUGAAUGAAAUGGUUCAGUGUGGCUUCUCCUCUUCCAGUACUCCAAACCCUAACAUGUACAGAAACACCCAAAAUGAUGAGACUCCAAAAACCCAAUUGUAUUCUGACCAGUACCUAUCCUAUUUGCUAGAUGGAGUCACUCCUUCACCUUCCAUGGAGUACUACAAUGAUCCCAUGAAGAUGAGCUUGCAGGCUACCACAGGUCAUGCUUCUUCAAGUGGAAGCAGAGAGAUGGAUUUGAUAGAGAUGGUUUCAUCUUCUCACUUCUCUCAAGGUAGUAGCUAACAGUAACUUGUGAUAUUAGUAUGUAUGGUCUCUGUCUCCCGCCUUUUUUUAGGUCAUGGUGGUUAAAUUUACAAGACUUGGCAAGUUAUAUGUAGUGUCCUUUAUAAAGUUUCAAUUAUCAAAAAAAAAAAGUGUUAUAUAUAGGGAGUAUUGUGUAGAAAACUGGAAUUGUGAAAUGUUGAAGGAAUGAUCUGUUAAAAAAUGACAGAUUCACAUAAUCUGUUUAGGCGUUUAUGUUGUUGACAAUAUACAUGUUGUCUGAGGUGUGAACGAUCCUUGUAAUGUUCUAGAGUACUGCUGUAAUGGUUAAAUUUUCUCAACAAAUGGUGUGUUAGUUUUCCGUUUUUUUUUUUUUUCAGUUGAAUUGAUUGUGAGCACUCUUUUUAUUGGUAUUUUCAUUUCUUUUCCUUGUUUUUCUCUUGUUUUUUUCCUCCACUUUCUCAACCGCUUCUAGUUAUUGUCAGAUGGUGUUUGACUGAAGUCUUGGUUGUUUUGGUAGAAAUAAAACUGAAGUUAAGCAAAGGAAUAGCUUACCAUUUGGCCACCACCCCAUGAUUUGUGCAACACAGGUGGCUGAAGAGCG